AUGGAGUCAAGUGAAGAUGACACUCUUCUAGAAACCCAAGAUUCUCUGGAAGAAGUAUCUGCUUCUCCAUCAAUGAGCCUAGAUCUUUCAUCUCUAAUAAACUUGGCCAAACUUGACUCAAACCUAAAUGCUCAAUCAACUAAAGAUGACAGUCGACACAUAAAACGACGUCAAAGGAUUAGCCUGGAAGCUAAGAAAGCCAUCAUUGAACUACACGAUGCCAAAGUGCCAUUGAAAGAGUUGUCUAUGAAGUUUGGGUUGACUAAAUCAACCAUUUCGUCAGUGGUAAAUCAAAGAAAAUUAGUCGAACAAGCAUGGAGUAUGGGUCGACAAGGGAAGAGCUCGAAGCUAAGGAGGGGGAAGUACCCAGAAGUUGAAGCAGCAGUGUUGGACUGGAUCAAAGAAGAGAGGGAAAAAGACCCAGAGGCACAGUUUCCUGGACUGACAAUACAGGUAAGUGUACUGUAGUUUUAUAAAAAAAAACACUACCCCACCCUACUUUACCCCACUCUACCCUACUCUGCCCUACCCUACCCUACCCUACCCUACCCUACCCUACCCUACCCUACCCUACCCUACCCUACCCUACCCUACCCUACCCUACCCUACCCUACCCUACCCUACCCUACCCUACCCUACCCUACCCUACCCUACUCUACCCUACCCUACCCUACCCUACAUGACUUUACUUGACCCCACCCCACCUGAUUCUACCUAAUCUCAUCUGCCCCCACUAGACUCCAAGUGACCCUUCUCUACUCUUGCACUGUCUGCCCUAUAGUAAAUUGGUUGAACUUAAGUAUAGUAGUAAUAUUAUACAGUAGAACAGCUUAAAAUGCAACAAGUUUAACUUUUAGACUUUACACUGAUUAGAAAUGCAAGAUUUUUUAUUAAUAGCGACUAAGUAUAACAUUACACCAAGUUGUGUGAAGAUUAGAGUAAAGAGAAAGAUUAGCCAUAGAUAUUACAUGCAACAAGUUUGACACGCUAUGAGGCUUACACUGUAAUAUAACCGUAAUAAAUCAACAUUAAAACAAUUUUCGUUAUUCUAUGUAAUUUUUGACCUUCAUAAGGCAAACGACAUUUUUAGAACCUGUAUAGUACCUAAGGCGCCUUUAGCUCUAUAUAGUACUUAAAACUAAGUCGCCCUGAACUUAGCCGCCCCAGCCCGACCCUACUCAAUCCUACCCAUACUUAAAACAUUAUUGGACUUACAUAUUACUUAACAAAUUGUUGGACUUAUAUAGCACUUUAUACAGUCUUAAACCAACAGAGUACUUAAGACUAAACUCGCCAAUUUUAGGACAAAGCCACAGAAAUCUCAAAAGCCUUAAAUGUUGAAUUCCAAGCUUCGAACGGCUGGCUACAACGCUUUAAAUGUCGAUUUCGAGUCUUUUUCAAAACCAACGGCGAACGACAACUUGAUCCUGAACUAGCUAAGAAGCCUGACAUCAUACCUAAAGUCAAGAAAGUUGGUCGGCCUAGAAAUGACAGUAAAUUUGGUCAUAGUGGCGAUGAGAGUUACUUAAACGGAACAAAGUUUGAUCUCAAUGACAGUGAGAGCUGUACUGAUAAUAUUGAUGUUGAUGCUGAUGAAAUGGCGGUUUCCAAAUGGCUAAGUGACUUGAAAGAAGAUGCUAAACCUCAAGAUAUUUUGGAAAAGCUUAUACUAGAGGCUACAGCUGAUAAGAUCGACUUUGACGAUAAAAGUUUGCUAGAAAAAGGUCAUCCAGCUAUCAUAAGUUUAGAAGAAACACCCCUUAUUCACAAAAUUGCUACAGAUUACCCCGCCCUAAGUCUACUAAACUCAACUAUCAACAAAGAAGGCUCAAAAGCAACCCAAAAAAGCCACAAAAAUGACCGAAAAAGCAACAAAACAACCGAUAAAUCAACCAAAACUACUAAAAAACAAGGUAAAGUAGAGUCAAUAUCUACCAUGAACCUGAAAGACUCACCUCUACUACAAAUCUUUGAAGAAAACAUGACAGAAAUACCAAGUUUAAUUGAAGCAAUUGGUGCUUUUGGUACGCUAUGCAAGUAUCUACAAGCUCAACCUACGUGUAAUGAAAAUACGGUCAAAUUACUGAAUGAUCUUGAACAAGAACUUAUUCCGAAAACGUGA